AUGUCCCCGAUUUCCCGGUGUUUAUCCCCAUGUCCCCGAUUUCCCGGUGUUUAUCCCCAUGUCCCCGAUUUCCGGUGUUUAUCCCCAUGUCCCCGAUUUCCCGGUGUUUAUCCCCAUGUCCCCGAUUUCCCGGUGUUUAUCCCCAUUGUCCCCGAUUUCCCGGUGUUUAUCCCCGAUUGUCCCCGAUUUCCCGGUGUUUAUCCCCAUGUCCCCGAUUUCCCGGUGUUUAUCCCCGAUUGUCCCCGAUUUCCCGGUGUUUAUCCCCAUUGUCCCCGAUUUCCCGGUGUUUAUCCCCAUGUCCCCGAUUUCCCGGUGUUUAUCCCCGAUUGUCCCCGAUUUCCCGGUGUUUAUCCCCGAUUGUCCCCGAUUUCCCGGUGUUUAUCCCCGAUUGUCCCCGAUUUCCCGGUGUUUAUCCCCGAUUUCCCGGUGUUUAUCUCCGAUUUCCCGGUGUUUAUCCCCGUUUCCCCCCGUGUUUCCCAGGCAGUCUCCCAGGCCGCGGGGCCCUGCGCGGCGCCGGCGCUGCGGCUGCUGCAGGAGCUGCGCCCGCAGCCCGAGCUGGGCGAGCUCUGGGAGCACAAAAUCCCAAAGCUGCUGCUCCUCCUCCAAGAAAACUCCGAGGGUUCCCUGGACCAGGAGGAAUGGGAGGAGAAGCUGCUCCAGUUCCUGCAGGAAUCCCUGGAAUCCAUCCCGGAUAAAUCCUGGAUUUGCCCCUUGGUGUCCGAGGCCUUCCGGCAGCUCCGCGCCUCCGACGGCUCCCAGGAGGAGAAGAAUUUCCUGUACCGGUGCCUGGGGACGGCGCUGGGGCUGUGUCCCAGGAAGGAGCUGGUCCGGAGGCAGCUCCAGGAGCUCCUGGAAAGCGCCCGCUGCCACGAGGAGGCCGAGAGGGAGGGUCUCUCGUCCUGCUUCGGGAUCUGCGCCCGGAAUCACCUGGAAGAAACUUUGGAAAAAUUGGAGGAAUUUGAGAAAUCCGACGUCUUCAAGAAAUCCCAGGGCUUGUUCAGCAUCUUCAAGGAGCGGGGCGAGGGCGAGCAGGAGAAGCAGCGCGGGGCGCUCCUGCUCUGCUGGGGCCGCGUGGCGGCCGCCGCGCCCCCGGAGCUGCUGCGCGCGCGCCUCGAGGGGCAGCUGCUGCCGCGCCUGCUGCGCCACGCCCGCGCCAAGCUGCUGCCGCGCCUGCUGCGCCACGCCCACGCCAAGGUUCUGGGAAUAAAAGUAGAGACCAAGGACCCGGUGCUGAAGCUGAGCCUGGCCCGGAGCGUCUCCAUGAUCUGCCGCGCCCUGGCCUGCGGCGACUCCGGGAAGAAUUCCGGGAAGAAUUCCGGGAAUUUGGAGAGUUACCCUGGGAGUUACCCCGGGAACGGCCCCGGGAACGGCCCCGGCAGCAUCGCCCACAAGGCCGAGCUGGUGGCGCUGAUGGUGGAGUUCCUGCGGGCGGAGCCCCCGGAGCCCCCGGAGCGGACGCGGCUGCGGCAGCGAGCGCUGAGCGCCUGCGCGCACCUGGUGUAUCCUGGCCGUGCCCCGAUUCCCAAAUCCCCGAAAUUCCGGAGCUCGGGGACCCCUGGGAACUCCGGGAUCGGGGUGUGGGGUUGGGUCCUUGGGAAUUGUCAGAAUUCCAGGAAUUUCGGGAGUUCCAGGAGUUCAGAGACCCCUGGGAACUCCGGGAUUGGGGUGUGGGGUUGGGUCCUCCUUGGGAAUUGUCAGAAUUCCCAAAAUCCCGGGAUUCCGGGAGCUCGGAGACCCCUGGGAACUCUGGGGCCGGGGUUUGGGGGUUGGGUCCUCCUUGGGAAUUCCCAAUAUUCCCCAAAUCCCGGAAUUCUGGGCGCUCAGAGACCCCUGGGAGUUCCAGGAUUGGGGUUUGUGGUUGGGACCUUGGGAAUUCUCAGAAUUCCCAAAAUCCCGGGAUUCCAGGAGCUCGGACACCCCGGGGAAUAACGGGAUCGGGGUUUGGGUCCUUGGGAAUUCCCAAAAUCCCGGAAUUCCGGGAGCUCGGGGGACCCCUGGGAAUUACGGGAUCGGGGUUUGGGGUUGGGUCCUCCUUGGGAAUUGUCAGAAUUCCAGGAAUUCCGGGAGUUCUGGAGCCUCUUGGGAAUUCCAGGAUUGGGGUUUGGGGUUGGGACCUUGGGAAUUCCCAAAAUUUUGGGAUUGGGAUUUGGGAGUGGGCUGGGAUUUGGGAUUUGGGGUUGGAUCCUGGGAAUUUUGGGAAUUCUGAGAAUUGUGGAGCCCCUGGAACCACUCCUUGGAAUUCCAGGAUUUUGGGAAUUCCCAAAGAAUCCCCAGUAACUCCCAAAAAUCCCCAAUAAUUCCCAAUAAAUUCCCAGUAAUUCCUAUUAAUUCCCAAUAAUUCCCAUUAAUUCUAAAUAAUCCACAGUAAUUCCCAAUA